AUAUUUCCAACAAGGAACACAGUCCAGGAGUCAGCAGCACAGAGACGUCCGAGCCUGACAGGAAACAAAAAUAAAUACUCGCAGAGGCACUUCAGAGGUUUUAAAAAUUAGUUUUUUCUUUUCUGAAACGUCUCACACCGAACCUGGAAAAUGUUUAUCACGGACAUAAGGAAGGACUUUUACGAAGUUAUAGCCAACCAGAGAGUGGCGCUCCUGGUUGCAGCGGAUAUUGAUGCUCUCUGUGCCUGCAAGAUCCUGCAAGCUCUUUUUCACUGUGAUCAGAUCCAGUAUACACUUGUGCCAGUGACAGGCUGGCAGGACCUUGGCACUGCUUUCCUUGAACACAAAGAGCAGUUUCGAUACUUUGUUUUGAUCAACUGCGGGGCCAACGUCGACCUUCUUGAGAUGCUGCAGCCGGAUGACGACUCCAUCUUCUUCAUCUGUGACACUCACCGGCCUGUGGACGUGGUCAAUGUGUACAAUGACACCCAGAUCAAGCUCCUGAUCAAACAGGAUGAUGACUUGGGCGUGCCCUCAUACGAUGACAUCUUUCGAGAUGAGGAGGAUGAAGAUGGAGAUGACUCUGGAAAUGAAAGCGAUGAAGGCUCAGAGCCAUCUGGCAAACGGAGGAGAUAUGAUGAAGGGGCAGUUGAGAGGAGAAUUGAACGACAGCGAGCAAGGAGGGAGUGGGAGGCGCGAAGGAGGGAAAUCCUUUUUGACUAUGAGCAGUAUGAGUACCACGGGACUUCUGCGGCUAUAAUGUUUUUUGAGCUUGCCUGGGUUUUAACCAAGGACACAAAGGACAUGCUCUGGUGGGCCAUCAUAGGGCUGACAGACCAGUGGGUCCAUGAUAAAAUCACACAUAUGAAGUAUGUUACAGACAUCGCCACUAUGCAGCGGCACGUUUCCCGCCAUAAUCACCGAAAUGAGGAUGAAGAGAACUCUCUGUCUAUCGACUGCAUGAGGAUCUCUUUUGAAUAUGACUUGCGUCUCACCCUCUACCAGCAUUGGUCUCUCUAUGAGAGCAUCUGUAAUUCCUGCUACACCUCCUGCAGCUUCAAGCUUUGGACCUUAAAUGGCCAAAAGAAACUUCAGGAGUUCUUGGCUGACAUGGGACUGCCCCUGAAACAAGUGCGACAAAAGUUUAACUCCAUGGACAUGUCGAUCAAAGAGAACCUGAGAGAAGUCCUCGAAGAGUCAUCUAAUAAAUACGGUAUGAAGGACAUCCGCAUCCAGACUUUUGGUGUUCACUUUGGCUUUAAAAACCGCUUCCUGGCCGGCGACAUGGUGCACGCUGCUGCUGCCCUACUGGAGAACACAGAGAAAGAGGAGAGUGACACGGACAACUUCAUCAAAGCUCUUGAAUCCCUGUCGAGGAGUAAUCUUGAUCGUUUGCACUCGGGCAUCGACCUGGCGAAGAAGAAGUUGAUGGCCGUCCAGCAGACAGUGGCCAGUUGCAUCUGUACCAACCUCAUCCUGUCUCAGGGGCCCUUCCUCUACUGCUACCUCAUGGAGGGAACACCUGACGUGAGGCUCUUUUCGAAGCCCAUGGCCUUGACGCUGCUCUCCAAGUACCUGCUGAAGGCUUUUGUGCAUUCAACGAGAAACAAGCGCUGCAAGCUGCUUCCCCUCAUCAUGGCUGCACCGAAGGACGUGGAAAAGGGAACAGUUAUUGUUGUGGGAAUCCCACCAGAGUCUGAGACGUCUGACAAAAAGAAUUUCUUUGGUCGAGCAUUUGAGAAAGCGGCAGAAAGCACCACCUCCAGAACACUCCACGACAACUUUGACACUUCAAUUAUUGAACUGAAGUCGGAAGACAGAAGCAAGUUUCUGGAUGCCCUCAUCACUCUCCUGUCGUGAGAACCUCUGCAGCCACAGAACAGCGUGGUCUGAACUGACCGAUGUCCUGUUGGAUGGAACUGAAACAAACCGGUUGGAUCAAACUUUGAGAGUUGCCAGGGCAAGAACAUCAACCAUGUUUUUAUUUUUUUAAUUUUUUUUACGGUUUGAAUUAGUUUUAUGUUUUAUAUUGUACAGACAGUUUGUAAAUUAUACUAAUGCUUGUUUUAAUAUGCCUGUCUAUGUAUCUGUGCUGUUCGCCUUAAAUUACAUUUUAAAUAUCUUUAAUAAAUGUUUUAAAAUUCCUUAGA